GGGAGACAGCGGGCUACGUGCGCUGAAAAGAGCCAGCCAGGGGCCGCAGCUACCCUUCUCCGGCUCGCCACUCCCCUGAAGUCGUGUGGACUUGGAGUCUGAAGAUUUCUUGAGUGCGUAGAGAUGCCUUAGCCGGGAUGACAGCGUGGGGACGGCCGGCGGCUUCCCCUGCCCCAGGCCGCGGUGGCGGCGCCGCGACCCCGCCCUCUCGCGCCUGUCCUUCCCUCCGCUCCCAGCCUUUGCUGGGCGCCAGACCCGGCUUCGCCGUCCGGCUAUUAGCCCACUGUGGCUAGUCACCCCCGGGGUCCCGGCCUCCGCGGGCUGGGGCCGCCGCCACCGCGGCAGGACGGGGAGGCGGGCCAUGGCGUCCUGCGUGGGGAGCCGGACCCUAAGCAAGGAUGAUGUGAACUACAAAAUGCAUUUCCGGAUGAUCAACGAGCAGCAAGUGGAGGACAUCACCAUUGACUUCUUCUACCGGCCGCAUACCAUCACCCUGCUCAGCUUCACCAUCGUCAGCCUCAUGUACUUCGCCUUUACCAGGGAUGACUCUGUUCCAGAAGACAACAUCUGGAGAGGCAUCCUCUCUGUUAUUUUCUUCUUUCUUAUCAUCAGUGUGUUAGCUUUCCCCAAUGGUCCGUUCACUCGACCUCAUCCAGCCUUAUGGCGAAUGGUUUUUGGACUCAGUGUGCUCUACUUCCUGUUCCUGGUAUUCCUACUCUUCCUGAAUUUCGAGCAGGUUAAAUCUCUAAUGUACUGGCUAGAUCCAAAUCUUCGAUACGCCACAAGGGAAGCAGAUGUCAUGGAGUAUGCUGUGAACUGCCAUGUGAUCACCUGGGAGAGGAUUAUCAGCCACUUUGAUAUAUUUGCAUUUGGACAUUUCUGGGGCUGGGCCAUGAAGGCCUUGCUGAUCCGUAGUUAUGGUCUCUGCUGGACAAUCAGUAUUACUUGGGAGCUGACUGAGCUCUUCUUCAUGCAUCUCCUCCCCAAUUUUGCGGAGUGCUGGUGGGAUCAAGUCAUUCUGGACAUCCUGUUGUGCAAUGGCGGUGGCAUUUGGCUGGGCAUGGUCGUUUGCCGGUUUUUAGAGAUGAGGACUUACCACUGGGCAAGCUUCAAGGACAUUCAUACCACCACUGGGAAGAUCAAGAGAGCUGUACUGCAGUUCACUCCUGCUAGCUGGACCUAUGUUCGAUGGUUUGACCCCAAAUCUUCUUUUCAGAGAGUAGCUGGAGUGUACCUUUUCAUGAUCAUCUGGCAGCUGACUGAGUUGAAUACCUUCUUCUUGAAGCAUAUCUUUGUGUUCCAAGCCAGUCAUCCAUUAAGUUGGGGUAGAAUUCUCUUUAUUGGUGGCAUCACGGCUCCCACAGUGAGACAGUACUACGCUUACCUCACCGACACACAGUGCAAGCGCGUAGGUACACAGUGCUGGGUGUUUGGGGUCAUUGGUUUCCUGGAGGCCAUUGUUUGCAUAAAAUUUGGACAAGAUCUCUUCUCUAAGACCCAAAUACUCUAUGUUGUGCUUUGGCUUCUUUGCGUGGCUUUCACUACUUUCCUCUGUCUGUACGGCAUGAUUUGGUAUGCAGAACACUAUGGUCACCGAGAAAAGACCUACUCAGAGUGUGAAGAUGGCACCUACAGUCCAGAGAUCUCCUGGCAUCAGAGGAAAGGGACAAAAGGUUCUGAAGACAGCCCACCCAAGCACGCAGGCAACAGCGAAAGCCAUUCUUCCAGGAGAAGGAAUCGGCAUUCCAAGUCAAAAGUCACCAAUGGCGUUGGAAAGAAAUGAAAAACCCUGGUUAAUCAAAGAUGUUCCAGAGUGCCUAGAACUGAGAGGGAAAUGGAACUCAUUUGGACCUCCCCGUGAGGAGGUCGAGGCGCACAGGGCAAGCAGGAAGAGGCGAGGGCACUUGGGGGUCAUUAUUUGAGAUCGUAAGUCUUGUUUCCCACAGACCUGGCCGCGUCAGGCAGAUCAUCGCCUGGGGGGCCGUUGCCAACGUGCGGUCUCUUCUAACUUCAGCACUUGGCAUGCGGUCACCGGUGGCAGCGCGGUGUGUUGAAGGGAAACGGUAGCUAUUCAUUCACAGUUGCCAAGAGCAGCUCCCGCACCUGCUGGAUCGUGGAUGCAGCGUAAACAUCUUCCUUCAGACAAGGCAUUAACCCCAUGGUUAAUGGACUGGUCACCAGUUUUUAUUUUAUUUUUAUGAAUUUACGUUUCCAUUGAUUGAUUUAAGUUCAGGCCACUUUUCUGUCUUUUGUUUGGUUACUGUUGUUAUUUGUUUUUAAGUUAGGAUGCUUUUUAACAGCCUUUAGAAGCCGCUGCUGAAAUUGACACUGGGGGAAGGGUUCCCCUUCCUUCUAUAGCAGAAAAGGGAGAGAGGUGUUGCAUUCCUGUUUGGUAACCUCAGUCUCCUGUAAGACCUUCUACCACGUGGCGAGUAUACACCAAUCAGGAGAGGGUAGCUGCCUGCAUAGGAGCCUCGCUUCCGAUUAUUCCCUUCCCCAUGUUAUUCAUCCAGACUUACCCACAGUGCACAAAAGCAAACCUGCUAGAGAGGCAGUGCACACCACAGCUUCUCCCCAGCCAGGUGCCUUUUACAUCGGGUUUGUUCUCCUUCCAUGGUGUGUUGCUGACAUUGUCACUGAGUCCCAUGUGAGGUGCUGGUGAGUAUUACCUUUCAUCCGUGCCAUGCUCUAGAACCUUGACCCUGAUAGUUCAUCACCUCUGAUGGAUCCCUGUUUUAAAUAAAAACGAUUCACUUUAAAGCCUAUCAAA